AUGACAUCCUCCCUCCCUCCGCUACCGCCGCUGCCUCCGCCCCCACGGGAUCCUGCAACCGCAACUCCCCAACACCGGCACUCCCAUCAACCCACCAGCACGACCCCUCGCCACAACCGCGACAAGCCCCGACGGAAAUCCGUCCACUCCCGUCACCGCUCAAUCUCGUCCGCCAGCUCGCCGGAGGUGAUCACGAAUCUCGUCGACUCGCUCAGCAAGCUCUCGCCUGGGCCCCUCGAGAAUCCCGCGCUCUACGGGAAUCUGGCUCCGCCGAGCCAGCCCACCUCGCAUAGGAGGGAGCACCCGGGGUAUGACUAUACGGUGGGCGCGGGGAGAGAACAUGCAUUUCUGCAUCCGGAUGACGCCGCUUUGGCGCCUGUGGUGAGGACGGCGAAACCGCCUAGCGGGCUCUCGGUGCACACGAAUGGCUCGAUCGACUCAGGGAGGAGUUCUUAUUCGGGAAUAUCGGUUGGUAAAGGAGGCGUUGACAUCCCGAACUAUGUCAGGAAUUAUAUGAACGGGGGUGUGGUUGGGCCAGGGAAGUCUCUCCAUGAGCGGAAGAGCUCGCGGGAGAGCAGCAAGAGCUCAAAGAAGGACUGUGGUAGAUUGGGCUACGUUUCUUCAAAGGAGAAGAUCAAGAUGGAGAAGGCCAUGGAGAGGGACCGUGAGAGUGAAGGUGAAUUGAGGAUGAGUGCGGCCGGGAUUUUGAGUCCGACGGGAGGAAUUGACACGGCUGGGAAGGGAAAGAAUGUGGCUGAGGAUAUUUCAAGUUAUCCGCCGUCGUUGAUUGCAGGCCUCGCUCCUAUGCACGCCCCGUCUCCUCUUGGCUCUCCUUUGUUUGAAGCCGGUGGCUGCCCGUACGAAGAUGAUGAAAACGACGAAGCCGCACCAGCUCCCGAACUUCCGAAGGCUCGGCCCGAGAAGGAGAAGGCUAAACCACCAAACCGAUCUCCAAGCAAAAACAAACGUAAAUCGGACCCAGCUCCACGCGGUGCACACUUGCAAGCCUCGCCCCCACGUGCGUCGUUCCAAAGCACGCCCGAACAGCGCCCAUCGUCUGCAGAUUCGGUUGAUGAUGCUGUGGAUGCAUACCUGUGUUCUGAGCGCCUGUCCCAAAAGAUCCGCAUGCCCAACACCGGUCGUAUCAUCUCCUUCUCUGAAGUUGGUGAUCCCGCUGGGUUUGCGGUCUUUGUGUGCGUUGGAAUGGGCCUAACCCGUUACGUUACUGCCUUCUAUGACGAGCUCGCACUAACACUCGGUCUCCGCCUUAUCACGCCUGACAGGCCGGGCGUCGGUGAAUCAGAGCCCAUAGAUGAGACGGAGCGGACAGUUCUCAACUGGCCCGACGAUGUCUUGUACAUCUGCCAGCAUCUCAAAAUCUCAAAGUUUUCCAUCCUUGCGCACUCUGCAGGUGCUAUCUAUGCGCUCGCGACAGCGCUGAGGAUGCCUAGCCAUAUCCGUGGGAGGAUUCACCUCCUUGCGCCAUGGAUCCCGCCCUCCCAGAUGGAGGGUGUUGUGUAUUCAGGCAUGGAGAAAGGCGAGAAGGUUGGCUCAGUGCCAACAUCACAGCGGAUUCUCCGCGCACUUCCCACGCCGAUACUGAAAGCCGCAAACUCGUCCUUCAUGUCUGCGACCUCCUCGUCCCUCACAACAUCCCUCCCAAGGACAGGAGGCGGCAAGGGCAGAAAGAAGUCUUCCCGUUCUUCCUCGCAGGAAGCUAAAGAGAAGGCUGCCGCUGCCAUGGCGGCGGCGGCAGCCGCAAAGGGAGAAAACGAUUCGCCAUCUGGAAGUUCGUCCUCAGCCGAUGCAACUAAAGAAGGCGGCGAGCCCACCGGUGAAGCUGCAGAGAAGGCGCCAGAAAUGGACGCCUUUGCUGCCGCGCUUGCGUCCGUUGCUGAGAAGGAGCGGCAGAUGUCGUACGAUGAGCGUCUGACACAUGCCAUCUGGACACUGUCAACACGCAAUGCAAACCCGGCUGUAGAUCUGCUGGUGUGUCUUGAGCGCAGCAGGCCUGUGGGUUUCAGAUAUGUGGAUAUCACACGUGAUGUCGUGAUUCAUCAUGGGACGAAGGAUACGAGGGUGCCUGUUGAGAACGUGAGGUGGCUGGGUAAGACGAUGAAGGUGUGUGAGGUGCGGGUGUUGCCGAAUGAGGGGCAUGGAUUGAUGGCUAGUGCGAUGGUGAUGGGCGGGGUGUUGGAUGAGAUUGCGACGGAGUGGAGGGAGUGGAAGAAGUCGCUGGCGGGGAGGGAGGAGGGCGGCGGGACGGAGAGAAGCAGAUAUGGACCAGAGUAA